CCAAAACAGUGAACUCAACACUCAAAUCGAAAGGUUGGUGCCAUGGGGUUUAGGGUUUUUCUCCACCGCCAUCAUCACCAUCACCGAUUCGUCUCUUUCUUAUAGGCUAAGCCAUCUGUUAUUCAUUCACCACAUUGCAUUGCAUUGCAUUUCACUGUGGCCAUGGAAUUGUUGUCGAAUCCGAAUCACACUCUCAAAUCUGACUCCGAAAACCAUUGCUGUGACCACAAGGAGAAAUACUCGAAGGUGCGAAAAUCUCGGAAUGCUCUACGUGAAGCCGUCAAUAUUCUUAACAAAAAAAUUAAAGAAAUCGAGUGCAGCUACAACCAAGCAUGUGAGGCCAAAAGGGAAAUAGAUCGGAAAUUGGGAGAAAAGGAAAAGGAAAUUGGUACAUUGAAGGAGCUUUUAGGGGUGGAGAAGGAAGCGGCCGAUUCUGAGAGGAAGAAAGGUGCUGAAGAUUGCGAAUUAUUAGAAAAUGAGAAGAAUAAGACUGCUGAAAGGGAAAAGGAGAUUAUUAGAUUUAAGGAGCUUCUAGAGGAGGACAAGAGAAGGGCCGAUUCUGAGAGUAAGAAAGCUGCUGAAGCUAUUAAGUUACUAGAAGAUGAGAAGGAUACGGCUACUAAAAGGGAAAAGGAAAUUGGUAGAUUGAAGGGGCUUCUAGAGGUGGAGAAGAGAAGGGCUGAUUCUGAGAGCAAGAAAGCUGCCGAAGCUUGUAAGUUACUAGGAGAAGACAAGAAUAAGGAUGCUGAAAACAAAAAGGAAAUUGGUAGAUUGAAGGGGCUUCUAGAGGCGGAGAAGAGAAGGGCUGAUUCUGAGAGCAAGAGAGCUGCCGAAGCUUGUAAGUUACAAGAAGACAAGAAUAAGGAUGCUGAAAAGGAAAAGGAAAUCAUUAGAUUGAAGGGGCUUCUAGAAGCGGAGAAGAGAAGGGCAGAUUCUGAGAGCAAGAAAGCUGCCGAGAAUGCUGCUGAAAAGGAGAACGAAUUCAGUAGAUUGAAGGGGCUUCUAGAGGUGGAGAUGAGAAGGGCUGAUUCUGAGAGCAAGAAAGCUGCUGAAGCUUGUAAGUUACUAGGAGAAGACAAGAAUAAGGAUGCUGAAAACAAAAAGGAAAUCGAUAGAUUGAAGGGGCUUCUAGAGGCGGAGAAGAGAAGGGCUGAUUCUGAGAGCAAGAGAGCUGCCAAAGCUUGUAAGUUACAAGGAGAAGACAAGAAUAAGGAUGCUGAAAAGGAAAAGGAAAUCGGUAGAUUGAAGGGGCUUCUAGAAGCGGAGAAGAGAAGGGCAGAUGCUGAGAGCAAGAAAGCUGCCGAGAAUGCUGCUGAAAAGGAGAAGGAAUUCAGUAGAUUGAAGGGGCUUCUAGAGGUGGAGAUGAGAAGGGCUGAUUCUGAGAGCAAGAAAGCUGCCGAAGCUUGCAAGUUACUAGAAGAAGAGAAGAGUAAGGCUGCUCAAAAGGGGGAGAUUGCCAGAAUUGAAGUGGGGAAGGCUGAGAAGUAUAAAAUUCGGGUUGGUCAAUUGGAGAAACAGGCUAAUGAAGCAAAAAUGAAGUUGGUGUCUGAGAUGUCUGUUUUUAAUGAGGCAACUAAAAAGUUUGAAGCGGAAAAGCGCAAAAUAUUAGCAGAAAAAAGAAAUGCCGAGUCAGGGAUGGAAAAAGUGAAUGAAAUGUUGGAGAUUGAAAAACAAAAGGUUGAUGAAGAAAAAAGGCGUGCAGAUGUGGAGAUGGUUAAUUUAGAGGAGCAGAAGGCACUUGCUGAAGAUAACUGGAACAGGUUCAUGAAAGAGAAAUCCCUUGUUGAUCAGAUGUCUCAGCAGUUAGAAGAGAAUAAGCAGACAAUUGACAAUUUGAAACGGAAGAUUGAUGAACUCUCAUCCUUGAGGAAACCUGAUGAAAUGGCUGCUGACAGCAAUGUCAAAGCUGAAAGUGCGAAAGUGAAGCUUUUGAAAAACAAGCUUAAGCUUGAAAAGCUACGAACAAAGCAUACCAGGCAAAAAUAUAAGUUAGAAGCAAGUCGAUACAGCAUUUUACGGCAAGAAUUAGGUCGGAUAAAGAUUGAUUUUGUUCAAUUUCUGCAUCGGCUUGAUGUACUGGAUGCAUCCUUUUCACCUGUUUCUGGAAGUAUGCAUGAUCAAACAAAGAAUUCAAAUGUCAUGAGACAAAUUUGCAAUCUAAAUUUGUCUGAGAUGCGUAACCAAUUUGAAAAUGAGCUUCUGCAACCUUGCUGCACAACAAUGGAUGCAAGUGAUCCAUUGAGGAAAAACAUGCAGCACGCUCCACUCGCUUCUCCUAGUGGAAAUUACUCUGCAUCUAUCACAGGUAUUGGUUCUAAAUUGGAGCCUCUUGUUAGAGGAGGAUCCAACAGAACAAACUUACAGAGUUCUGCAGUAAAUUCCAGUACACAAUCUUUUUCUGAUGGACAGUUGAUGGGCUCACAGGAUGCAACCACUUUUCCAAUUACUGCAUCAGCAAAAUUGACUCAGGAGAUCUUUAAUGCUAUCUGCAACCCAUCUGACAGAUCUGUUAAUGUGCACCACAGGAAGAGGAAAAACAUGCACGAUACAGUUGAAUACAUUACAAAUUUGUCUUCUGAGAAACUCUCUGAUUUGCAUGGUUUGUUGUAUAAAGAAGUUGGCAAAUUCUUAGAAGGAGGAAAAGAGAUGGUUCAUAAUCUCAAUAAUUUACAGGAAGAGAAUAAAAGUGCCCACAAAAAGAGAAAAAAAUCUCAUGGGGAAAAAGUGGACAUGAUACCUAGGAUUAACAGGGAUGAGAAAAAGGGCAUUGAAGAGGCUAACACUGAGGUCUAUGAUGAUGUAAAUGUUGGUAGACGCACUUCCUGCCCUGCCCCACAUACUUUAGAAACCACUCAAGCAUGUGGGGAGAGGAUAUGUGAUGCUGCAAAUAGUUUUGAUUCCAUAAUUAAUUUUAAUACAGUUGCUGAUGGAAGUUAUAUGAAAUUAUUAGAAUUAGAAGAUCCUACCAGUGAGGAAUACUUUAGAAAAGCAAUGGAUUUUCCCUUGUCUCCAUUGCUUCCUGAAAUUGAAUUUCGUGAAACAUAUGAAGCGGACAAUUUGAUGAAUCCCUUUCUAGAGCAAGCACUCCAAGAGGGCAUGUUGAGUUCAAGAACUGGCCUGUCUGCAUCACCUUACUUUGAUGUAAUGAAUGUUGAAAUCAAUUCUAAUGAACAAAAAUUUGAUGAUUCUGGAGUCUCUCAUAAUUCGCAUAUGCACACUACAGAAAAUUUAAGGACUGCUUUUUUGGUGGAGGAUGGAAUGGGAUCUUCACACAAUCAACUUCCUAAAUUUUGUAUUGUCUUUUCAAAUAUUGAGAACAAUAGUAUCAUAUCUAGGAUACUUGUUGCUACAAAAAAUUGUAUAGCACGGUGCAAUUUGGCUACUCAACCAGGAUGGGCCGUCAAUAACAUUCUAACAGCACUUAAAUUGGAAGAAAAGCUCUCACCUAAGGAGAAGGUUUCAGUGCUGUUAACACUUUUGAUGUUCAACUUUGCCAUGGCUGUGACAAAGACAUUUGGGAAACUUUGGGAUGGGAAAUUAUCCCACUGCUUGCAGUCUUACUCUGAACAUAUUUUCACAGUUAUGUCUGAUGCAGAGACAAAAUUCCUGUUUGAAGAGAAUUAUCCUUUGCAUGAGCUGCUUGGCCUCAUUGAAGAUUUUCUUAUAGAGGGAAAAAUUAUUAUAGUAAACAGUAGAGUAGAUGCUGAAACAUCGUAUUGUGAUUUGAGAGCCAAUGAUUAUCUGGAAUGUGUUAAUGAAGUAUCUUCUGAUGUAGCUUCAACCGAACAAUUGGUAGCAGCUAGUAUUAUAUUAGCAUCAGUAUGUGCUGCAACUGAUUAUGUUGGAUUUAUUUCUGAGGUUUCAUACCAUAUACUUCAAUUGUGCAAGUGGGAUUCUUUAGUGGUGCUGACUAUUCUCCAUAUUUUUGCUUAUCUGGGUGGAGAGAAGUGUUUUAGCAUGGAUAAUUUUGGUUUAAUGGUGACUGUUUUGAAGUCUCUAAUUAUGUUUCUUGAGGAUGGGAGCCUAUCCGUUGCUACUGCUUGUCUUCCUUCAAUAAAUGAGUUGCAUGCUGAGUUGUGUAUGAAUAUUAAAUGCCCAUUUUUUGAAGGUGCUGAAUCCAUUGAUGUAGUUGCUUGCUUGCUCUUGGAAGAGAUUAGAAACAUUUGGCUUCAAGGGAUGAAGCAAGUAGAUUUGUCAGAUUCUAGAUUCAUGUCAGAGUCAGACAAUUAUAAUGCUGGACAAAACAAGAGCUGUGAUGUGCCCUGUUCGAAAAAAUGCUUGAUUUCUGCUACUCAACCAGAUAGCCUUAAGAAUGACAACCUUUGUCACCUGAAUGAUGUUUUGUCAUUGGUGGAACUAGUUGCAAACAAAAUGGGCUGGCACUGGGCUGAUAUGAAACUUGUUCCUCAGCUGCGGAAUAUUCUUGAUUCAUGUCGAGAGGAGAACUUUGCUAUUAGUAUAAUUGUUCUUCUACAUCAACUUGGGAGGAUUGGAGUUGAUGUUGGUGGAUAUGAAGAUCAAGGAGUUGGGAACUUGGGAUGUUAUUUGUCUGCUUAUAUACGUGGCACCUCUUCCAUGAAAGCAAGCCUUUCUCUUCAAAUUGCCGCAGCCACUGCUCUAUUUGGUCUUCUUCCUCUUGAUUUUGAUACCCUUUUGCAUACUAACAUCAAUCUUCCAGCAUACUCUAAAUCUAUUUCUGACAUUGCUGAAACUUUGAGGAAGUGGUUCUCUGGACUGGAUAAAAAUCAACAGAAAUUGUUAUCUGGUAUUUUAAAACGCACUGAUGUGCAUAACAAGUAGAAAUUGUAUCAGUGCUUUAACAGGAAUUAAAAUAGAGUACCAGAUACAAUGAUUUCAUUGACAACGCUCUUAGAGAAGUUUUGUAGAUUGAUCGAUUUUUGGAAAUUAGAUGGCGUUGAUUCAAUCUUUUUGGAUGCCCUCAACUUGGCUUGUAUGGGUUGUGCUUCUGAAAUUUGUACAUAAUUUCUUCUUUUGGCUAUAAAUUGUAAAUUUCUUGUUAUUAUAUUUAGUCAAACUUGUUUGAGAAAUUAAACGUGAUGGCCAUAGCUUGAAAAGU